CCAGCACAGAAUCAAAUGCAAGUUCCAUCUGGGUAUGGAUUGUAUCAUCAGAACUAUAUUGCUCCCUCAGGACAUUAUUCUCAAGGACCUGGGAAAAUGACCUCAUUACCAUUGGAUACCCAGCGUGAUGAUUACUACUCUGGUCUCUAUACAGGAUCAACACAAAAUGUGGUGACUCCCAGCACGGUAAACCAACAACCAGGAGCACAGCAGAUGUAUAGCAGGGGUCCUCCUGCUGUUGUGGGCUCCACACCAGGAUCUUUCCGGGGUGCUGCUGCAUCGUCAGCAUCUCAUUUGCAUACGAGUGCCUCCCCACCUUACUCCUCUUUUGUGAAUCACUAUAAUAGUUCAGCCUUGUACUCUGCCAACUCUUCUGUUGCUUCUCAGGGAUUUCCCUCCACUUGUGGUCAUUAUGCUAUGUCAACUGUUUCUAAUGCUGUAUACCCUAGUGUUUCAUAUCCGUCUCUGCCUGCUGGUGACCCAUAUGGGCAAAUGUUUACCUCACAGAGUACUCCGCCUGUCAGGCCAGUUACAGAUAAUUCAUUCUCUGGUCAAAAUACAGCUAUCAGCCAUCCAUCACCACUUCCACCUCCACCAUCACAACAAUACCACCAGCAGCAGAGCCUUUCAGGAUACAAUACUUUGUCAUGGUCAGCUCCAGGCCUUCCCUCAUCAGCCCAAGACAAUCUUAUCCGAAACCACACAGGAUCUCUGGCCACAACCAGCAACACUCCAACAAAUACUGUUGCAGGCUCUUUACCCUGUCCUGUUAUGCAAAAUGUUCUGCCUCCCAAGUCCAGCCCCACAGUGUCUUCAUCAGCAUCAGCGAGAACGCCUCCCACAGCAAAUCGUCCAGUUGAGCCUGUGGCCUCAGUUGCACAGCCAUCAGAGCAAUUACAACAGAAAGGCGUUGACAGUUCUUCUACCACAAGCAGUGCUUCUCCAAUGCCCAAUAGUUACGAUGCACUAGAAGGAGGCAGCUACCCAGAUAUGCUUUCUUCUUCAGCAAGCAGUCCUGCUCCUGAUCCUGCCCCUGAAUCUGAUCCUGCUCCAGCUUCAGCCCCAGCUUCAGCCCCUGCUGCUCCUCAGCCUUCAAAAAUGGCUAAGCCUUUUGGCUAUGGCUACCCAACUCUUCAGCCUGGUUAUCAGAAUGCUACAGCACCACUUAAUUCUGGAGUGCAGCCCAGUAACCCUGUUUAUUCUGGAUUCCAGCAGUAUCCUCAAUAUCCUGGUAUGAAUCAGCUGUCCUCUAGUCUAGGAGGAUUGAGUCUUCAGAGUUCUCCACAGCCAGAAAGCCUGAGACCCGUAAACCUCACUCAGGAGAGGAAUAUUUUACCUAUGACUCCUGUUUGGGCUCCUGUGCCUAACUUGAAUUUAGAACUCAGAAAAUUAAACUGUAGCCCAGAUUCAUUUCGGUGUACUUUGACAAAUAUUCCACAGACACAGGCUUUACUGAAUAAAGCGAAACUUCCUUUAGGAUUGUUGUUACAUCCCUUCAGAGACCUAACGCAAUUACCAGUGAUAACAUCAAAUACCAUUGUGAGAUGCCGAUCUUGUCGAACUUACAUUAACCCUUUUGUAUCCUUCAUCGAUCAACGUAGAUGGAAAUGCAAUUUGUGCUAUAGAGUUAAUGAUGUUCCUGAAGAAUUCAUGUAUAAUCCCCUUACACGAUCCUAUGGAGAACCUCAUAAACGACCAGAAGUUCAGAAUUCAACUGUGGAGUUCAUUGCUUCUUCCGAUUACAUGCUUCGUCCACCUCAACCUGCAGUUUACUUGUUCGUGUUAGAUGUGUCUCAUAAUGCGGUGGAAGCUGGAUAUUUGACAAUUCUGUGCCAGUCACUGUUAGAAAAUCUAGACAAACUUCCUGGAGAUUCACGAACAAGAAUAGGAUUCAUGACCUUUGAUAGCACUAUUCAUUUCUACAAUUUACAAGAAGGAUUAUCACAGCCUCAAAUGUUGAUUGUGUCUGAUAUAGAUGAUGUUUUUCUGCCUACACCGGAUAGUUUACUUGUAAAUCUGUAUGAAAGUAAAGAGCUUAUAAAAGACUUAUUGAAUGCAUUACCAAAUAUGUUCACCAAUACAAGAGAAACACACAGUGCCCUUGGUCCUGCGCUUCAGGCUGCCUUUAAAUUAAUGUCUCCAACAGGUGGCCGUGUGUCUGUAUUUCAGACACAGUUACCUUCCUUGGGUGCAGGACUUCUGCAGUCUAGAGAAGAUCCUAAUCAGAGAUCAAGUACAAAGGUGGUACAACAUCUCGGCCCUGCAACUGAUUUUUAUAAGAAACUUGCUUUAGAUUGCUCAGGACAGCAAACUGCAGUGGAUUUAUUCCUUUUAAGUUCACAGUAUUCUGAUCUUGCUUCUCUAGCUUGCAUGUCCAAGUAUUCUGCUGGGUGCAUCUAUUAUUAUCCGUCUUUCCACUAUACCCACAAUCCUUCACAAGCAGAAAAAUUGCAAAAAGACCUAAAACGAUACCUCACAAGAAAAAUUGGGUUUGAAGCUGUUAUGAGAAUAAGGUGCACUAAAGGUCUUUCAAUGCAUACUUUCCAUGGAAACUUUUUUGUUCGUUCCACUGAUUUGUUAUCUCUUGCCAACAUCAAUCCUGAUGCUGGAUUUGCUGUGCAGCUGUCAAUUGAAGAAAGUUUGACAGAUACUUCCUUAGUGUGCUUUCAAACAGCCUUAUUAUAUACAUCAAGCAAAGGUGAGCGGAGAAUUAGGGUGCACACGCUUUGUUUGCCAGUGGUAAGUUCACUAGCAGAUGUCUAUGCAGGAGUGGAUGUACAAGCCGCCAUCUGCCUUCUGGCAAACAUGGCUGUGGAUCGAUCAGUUUCUUCAAGUCUGUCAGAUGCAAGAGAUGCCUUAGUAAAUGCGGUAGUGGAUUCGUUAUCUGCGUAUGGCUCGACUAUUUCCAAUUUACAGCACUCUGCACUGAUAGCACCCUGCUCCCUCAAGUUGUUUCCUCUCUAUGUUUUGGCCCUUCUCAAACAGAAAGCAUUUAGAACGGGUACAAGCACACGCCUGGAUGAUCGUGUAUAUGCCAUGUGUCAGAUAAAGUCUCAGCCACUUGUUCAUCUAAUGAAAAUGAUUCAUCCCAACUUAUACCGGAUAGACAGAUUGACAGAUGAGGGUGCAGUACAUGUUAAUGACAGGGUUGUUCCUCAGCCACCUCUUCAAAAAUUGUCUGCAGAGAAGCUGACGAGAGAUGGUGCUUUCCUUAUGGACUGUGGCUCUGUUUUUUAUAUUUGGAUUGGGAAAGGCUGUGACAAUAACUUCAUAGAGGAUGUUCUUGGGUGUCCGGAUUUUGCAUCAAUACCACAGAAAAUGACACACCUUCCAGAGCUAGAUACGCUUUCAUCAGAAAGAGCCAGAUCCUUUAUAACUUGGCUUAGAGACAGCAGACCACUAAGUCCAAUCCUUCAUGUGGUAAAAGAUGAGAGUCCUGCCAAAACAGAAUUUUUUCAGCAUUUGAUUGAAGACCGGACAGAAGCUGCGUUCUCUUACUAUGAAUUUUUGCUUCAUAUUCAGCAGCAGAUUUGUAAGUGAAAUAGAAUAAAAUUGAGUGAGAAGAAAAAGAUCUAUAUCCUAGGUAGAGCAUAAUCUGUCAGAGAAGUGCAUAGGAUAUUUGAAAUGAAGUCAUUUAUUGUUACAAGACCCAAUGCACAGCACCCUGUCUGAGGCUUUGGCAAAAGGAAAAGAGGAACAAAGAAUGUGACAGAUUUUCUUCAGCCUAAAUUAAUGGUAAUGAUGGUGUUGUUUGCACCAAGUAUAUUUUAAAUUGGUUUCUACACAUUUCCAGUAGUAUGGCAGUACAGUGCUCUGUUCCUUGCAAGCUGGCAAAUUUAUGUAGCUAUGUGGAAUGAUAUGUCAUAAUGUAAAAUUAGAUAAAUUCUUUUUUCUUAUAAUUAAUAUAACCUUUCUGGACUUGAACUCUGAGAAGGGAUGCCAAAAGGCAGUGGUACCGUGUUCUUUGUUUAUAUGAAUUACUUUUUAACAAGGAAUGAUUCUUAUUCAUUAAAUGAAUUCAACAUUUUCCCUGUAAAAACAAUAGAGUUUCAGCACAUGGACUAUAGAAAAAGUAUAUAUAUAAUGUACAUAAAUGUUACAUUUGUAAAGAAAAUGUAAAAAUUUAACUACAGAAUAUGAAUUGCUGUAACUGUGCUGCAUUGUUGGAUGACAGCUCUUUUUGUCAUGGUUAGAGAAUGAGGUUGACUAAUGCAUAUUAUGAAUGGAGUCCACAAAGGAAACACAAAACUCUUUGUAUUCUGUUAAAUCUUUUAUGUGGAUUUAUUUAUGAUCAACCUACUAAUUAAAAAUAUUUUGCUUGACAA